AACCGGUGUCUCCGCGAACUUCCUUUUACGUAGUGUACCACAUGGUUGCGACCUUGCUUGCUAUCUUCUCUUCCUUUUCAUCAGAGAUGGCCGCCAAUAACGAACGUUCCUUUAUCAUGGUGAAGCCUGAUGGAGUCCAGAGGGGACUCGUCGGCGAAAUCAUGAAGAGGUUUGAACAAAGAGGAUACAAACUCGUUGCCUGUAAACAAAUGCAGGCAUCUAAGGCUCACUUAGAGAAGCACUACGCAGACCUCUCCAGCAAGGGUUUCUUUGCUGGCCUGGUCACUUACAUGGCCAGUGGACCAGUUGUUGCAAUGGUCUGGGAAGGAAAAGAUGUGGUUAAAACUGGCAGAAAAAUGCUGGGAGCCACCAACCCCUUGGAUUCCAAUCCUGGAACCAUCAGGGGAGAUUACUGUAUUGAUGUUGGCAGGAAUAUAUGUCAUGGUAGUGAUUCCGUAGAAAGUGCCAAACGGGAAAUAGAUCUGUGGUUCAAACCCGAGGAGGUCAUGAGCUACAAUGCCUGUGAGGCCCCAUGGUUGUAUGAGUGACUUCCCCUGUCUGUGUUAUAGAGAGGUCAAUAGGUCAUGUAGAUCAUGACGUCAUGUCAUCAGUGUUGUGGACAGUCAAAUAAAUCUCAGUUAUAUAA